CACACCUGUAGCAUAUCGGUGGAACUCAGUGUUUGGAGCCAGACAUGUUCCAUCUGAUCAAGAAAGACAAAGACAAGGAGAAGGAUGGAGGGAGGAAGGAAAAAAAAGAGAAAAAGGACAAAAAGGAGAGAAUGUCUCAAGAUGAGUUGAAGAACCUUGAGGAGAUAGGCGUGAGGCGGGGUCUCUUCAACAUCCAUCGCAGUGGCUCCAAACGAGAGAGCAGGGGCAAACUGGAGAUCUCCAGUCCUAUUCCCAUCAAAGUGGUCAGCAACGCAGAACUCAACCUGACAGAUGUGGGCAGAGAGAACACCCAGGGGAGCACGAUGAGGGUUGGGGGCCAGGUUAGCACAGCCAGCUCCAGCGACGAUUUGAAGGGGGAGACGGCUCAGGAGGGCCUUCGAUCUUCAGUCAAAGAAAAGGCGGCUAAGUUUGGCUCCCUGACCAAGCAGAAUUCCCAGGUGGGGCAGAUCAUGAAACGUUUUUCAUUUUCCCACAAAAGCAAAGAGGAAAGCCGCUCAGGGGCCUCUACGCCAUCGGCGCCAAGUUCGGCCGCCCCUUCCCCUCAGGUUGAGGCGAAAGCCUUCGCCCACGAACAGCUACGAUACACUUCCCACUUACGACAACCCGCCCCCGAGAAGACGGUCCAGGUCCCGGAGUUGGUGGACAAGACCUUCACCGCGGAUUUGCGUUUGCCUGCUGUGGUGGCCCCUCAGAUGCCCGAGCCCAGGGAGCUGGAGCUACAGCGUCGAAGCACCGGAGACUUCGGCUUCUCCUUACGGCGUACCACCAUGCUCGACCAGCAUCCCGACGGCUCCGUCUACAGGAGAGUGGUCCACUUCGCCGAGCCGGGAGCAGGAAACAAGGACCAGGCGCUGGGGUUGGUGCCGGGAGACCGUCUGGUGGAGAUCAAUGGGAUGAACGUGGAGAACAAGAGCAGGGAUGAGAUUGUGGAGAUGAUCAAGCAGUCAGGUGACACAGUGCGUCUGAAGGUGCAGCCUAUUGUGGAGCUGAGUGAGCUGAGUCGCUGCUGGCUCAGGAGCAGUGCAGGCCUGCACAGAGAGGCCCAUGAGGUCAAGACAGAAGAGCAGAUAGCUGCAGAACGGGCCUGGUACGGAACAGAGAAAAUAUGGCUGGUUCACAAGGAUGGCUUCUCUUUGGCAACCCAGCUGAAGACGGGGGAGGGUGAUCUGCCUGAGGGCAAAGUGAAGAUCAGACUGGAGCAUGAUGGCACACUAUUGGAUGUCGACGAGGAUGAUGUGGAGAAGGCAAACCCUCCCUCGUACGACCAGACGGAGGACCUGUCCUCUCUCCUCUACCUGAACGAAUCCAGUGUCAUGCACACUCUACGCCAGCGCUAUGGGGCCAACCUCAUCCACACCUUCGCUGGACCCAGCCUGGUGGUCAUUAACCCAAUCACUGCUCCCUCCAUGUACUCAGAGAAGGUGAUGCACAUGUUUAAGGGCCGGCGGAGGGAAGACACCGCUCCACACAUCUACAGUGUGGCCCAGGCAGCGUACCACAAACUGCUGACCACCAGGCAGGACCAGUCCAUCAUUCUGCUGGGCAAGAGUGGCUCUGGAAAGAGCACCAACUGCCAGCACCUGCUGCACUACCUGGUCACCAUGGCAGGCAGCGCCGGAAAAGUCUACUCAGUGGAGAAGUGGCAGGCGGUCUACACCAUCCUGGAGGCCUUUGGAAACGGCAGCACAGCGAUGAACAGCAACGCCAGCCAUUUCUCUCACAUCGUCUCUCUGGACUUUGAUCAAGCCGGUCAAGUGGCCUCUGCCUCCAUCCAGACGAUGCUGCUGGAGAAGCUGCGUGUAAGCAGACGUCCGGACGGAGAGUCGACAUUCAACGUCUUCUACUACCUGAUGGCGGGUGCUGAAGGCUCGCUUAAGACUGAGCUUCACUUCAACCACUUUGCAGAGAACAACGCCUUUGGAAUCAUGCCGCAGACUAAGGCAGAGGACAAACAGAGAUCAGCCCAGCAGUUUACCAAGCUGCAGGCUGCCAUGAAGGUGCUUGGCAUCAGCCCUGAGGAGCAGAAGGCUUUCUGGUUGGUCCUGGGCUCCAUCUACCACCUGGGCGCUGCAGGUGCCACGAAAGACGCUGAUGAAGCUGGCCGUAAGCAGUUUGCUCGUCACGAGUGGGCUCAGAAGGGUGCAUAUUUGCUGGGGUGCACGUUAGAGGAGCUGUCAUCCUCCAUCUUCAAACCUCACAGUAAAGGCACUCUCCCCCGCGCCUCCUCCAUCCGCCAGGCGUCUGACGACACGGGAGACAGCUCAGGAUCCAAAGCAACUGCUGCGGAGUGUUUGGAGGCCAUGGCGUCUGGGUUGUACUCAGAACUUUUCACCCUCCUCAUCUCCCUCAUCAACCGGGCACUGAAGUGCAGUCAGCACUCUCUGUGUUCUCUCCUGAUCGUGGACACUCCGGGCUUUCAGAACCCACGGCAGGCCAAGUGUGAACGGGGCGCCACGUUUGAGGAACUCUGCCACAACUACGCUCAGGAACGCCUGCAGACCCUCUUCCACGAGCGCACGUUUGUGCAAGAGAUGGAGCGUUACAAAGAGGAGAACAUAGAGGUUGCUUUAGACGACAUCGAUCCCAGCUCUCAGUCGGUGGCCGCUGUAGACCAAGCCUCAAGCCAAGCCCUGGUACGGACUCCAGCGCGUACAGACGAGGCGCGGGGUCUGCUGUGGUUGAUGGAGGAGGAGGCUCUUCAUCCGAAUAGUUCAGAGGAAACUCUACUGGGCAGACUUUUCAGUUAUUAUGGACCUGCAGAGGGAGAGAGCAAAGGUCACACUGUGCUGCUGAAGAGUGAGAGGCCGCAUCACUUCCUGCUUGGGCACAGUCAUGGGACGGACUGGGUGGAGUAUGAUGCCUGUGGUUGGCUGAGUUACGCCAAGCAAAACCCCGCCUUCCAGAACGCAGCCAGUCUGCUGCAGAACUCUCAGAAGAAGAACAUCAGUGGCUUAUUUAUGGGUCGUGCGGGUGGAGCCACGGUUCUGUCUGGCUCCAUCGCCGGGCUGGAGGGCGGUUCCCAGCUGGCCUUGCGUAGAGCCACUAGCAUGAGGAAGACUUUCACCACCGGCGUGGCUGCUGUGAAGAAGAAGUCCCUGUGCAUCCAGAUUAAACUCCAAGUGGAUGCACUUCUGGACACUGUGAGAAGGUCCAGAGUGCAUUUCGUCCACUGCCUCCUGCCCAAGGCCGACGCCCCACGGAAUGUCAGCUCUCCGGACGCCCAGGCUGAGGGCUGUGACCCAGGCCUCAUGCAGGUGGAUGUGGCCCUGCUCAGGGCUCAGAUCCGCGGUUCGAAAUUACUGGACGCCCUGCGGAUUUACAGGCAAGGCUACCCUGAUCACAUGGUCUUCUCGGAGUUCCGGCGGCGCUUUGACGUGUUGGCUCCUCACCUGACCAAGAAGCUUGGGCGUAACUACAUUGUGAAGGAUGAGAAGAGAGCCGUGGAGGAGCUGCUGGAGUCCCUGGAGCUGGAGAAGAGCAGCUAUCACAUGGGUCUAAGUCGGGUGUUCUUCAGAGCUGGGACUUUGCCUAAGCUAGAGGAGCAGAGAGAUGAGAAAACAAGGCGGAACAUCACCCUGUUUCAGGCCGCCUGCAGGGGUUACCUGGCCAGGCAGGCCGUCAAGAAGAGGAAGAUCCAGGACCUGGCUAUCCGCUGCAUACAGAAGAACAUUAAGAAGAACCGUGGGGUGAGGGGCUGGCCAUGGUGGAAGCUCUUUACCACCGUGCGUCCGCUGGUCGAGGUGCAGCUCACCGAGGAACAGAUCCGUGGCAAAGAUGAGGAGAUCCAGCAGCUGAAGGCCAAACUGGAGAAGGUGGAGAGAGAGAGGAAUGAGCUGAGACUGAACAGUGACCGGCUGGAGAGCAGGAUUACGGAGCUGUCCACAGAGCUGGCCGAUGAGAGGAACACAGGAGAGUCAGCGUCACAGCUGCUGGAGGCCGAGACCAGCGAAAGACUGCGUCUGGAGAAAGACAUGAGGGACCUGCAGGCAAAGUUUGAUGCCAUGAAGAAGCAGAUGGAGUCCAUGGAGAUGGAGGUUAUGGAGGCGCGGCUGAUCAGAGCGUCCGAACUCAACGGCGAGAUAGACGAUGACGACGGACUCGACGGAGGGGAGUGGAAGAUGAAGUAUGAGAGGUCCAUACGGGAGACAGAGUUCUUGAAGAAGAGACUGCAGCAGGAGUUUGACGACAAGCUGGAGACAGAGCAGCAGAGCAAGAGGCAGCUGGAGAGAAGACUGGCAGACCUGCAGGCAGACCAGGAGGAGACCCAGCGCUCUCUGCAGCAGCUGAAGAAGAAAUGCCAGCGGUUGACGGCAGAGCUACAGGACACCAAACUGCACCUGGAGGGCCAGCAGAGCCGCAACUAUGAACUGGAGAAGAAACAGAGAAAGUUUGAUCUGGAGCAGAGCCAGGCCCAGAGUGAGGUGGAGAGAGAGAGAGCUCAGCGGGAGAAGCUGGGCAGAGAGAGAGACAUGUUGACUGGAGAGCUUUUCACACUCCGCCAACAACUACAGGACAAGGACAUGGACCUUUGUUCGGCUAACUUGAAGGUGGAACAGUUGGAGGCGGAGCUUCAAGACCUUUCUUCACAGGAAUCAAAGGACGAGGCCUCUCUGGCCAAGGUCAAGAAACAGCUUCGCGACCUUGAGGCUAAGGUCAAAGAUCAGGAAGAGGAGCUGGAUGAGCAGGCUGGAACAAUCCAGAUGCUGGAGCAGGCUAAACUGCGUUUGGAGAUGGAAAUGGAGAGGUUGAGACAAACUCACUCCAAGGAGAUAGACAGUAAAGAUGAGGAGGUGGAGGAGAUCAGGCAGUCGUGCAGUAAGAAGUUGAAGCAGAUGGAGGUACAGUUGGAGGAGGAAUAUGACGACAAACAGAAGGUCCUGAGGGAGAAGAGAGAUUUGGAGGCCAGGCUGCUGGCUGCACAGGAUCAGGUGAGUCAGAGAGAUGUGGAGACAGAGAAACGCCUGAGGAGAGACCUGAAGAGAACCAAAGUCCUGCUGGCAGACGCUCAGAUCAUGCUGGACCAUCUGAAGAGCAAUGCGCCCAGCAAGAGGGAGAUCGCACAGCUCAGGAACCAGCUGGAGGAAUCAGAGUUCACCUGUGCGGCUGCGGUCAAAGCUCGUAAAGCCAUGGAGCUGGAGAUGGAAGACCUGCACAUUCAGAUGGACGACAUCUCCAAAGCCAAGAUGUCGCUGGAUGAGCAGUUGAGUCGUUUGCAACGGGAGAAAAACGACCUGCAGACCCGUCUGGAGGAGGACCAGGAGGACAUGAAUGAGCUGAUGAAAAAACACAAGGCAGCUGUAGCGCAGUCUGCGAGGGAUCUCGCUCAGAUCAGUGACUUGCAGGCUCAGCUGGAGGAGGCCAUGAAAGAGAAACAGGAGAUCCAAGACAAGCUCCAGUCCCUGCAGAGUCAGCUGGAGUUCCAGGAGCAGUCCAUGGUGGAGAAGUCCCUGGUCAGCCGGCAGGAGGCUAAGAUCCGUGAGCUGGAGACCAAACUGGAGUAUGAGAGGACUCAGAUCAAACGCCUGGAGGGUUCGGUGACACGUCUGAAGGAGAACCUGGAGAAGAUGACUGAGGAACGAGACCAGCACAUCGGCAGCGAGAACCGGGAGAAGGAGCAGAACAAACGCCUGCAGAGGCAGAUCCGUGACGUUAAAGAGGAGAUGACCGAACUGGCCAAGAAGGAGACGGAGGCCAGCCGCAAGAAACAUGAGCUGGAAAUGGACAUCGAGAGCCUUGAGGCAGCCAAUCAGAGCCUGCAGGCGGAUCUCAAACUGGCCUUUAAGAGAAUCGGAGACCUGCAGGCGGCCAUAGAGGACGACAUGGAGAGCGAUGAUAAUGAUGACCUCAUUAACAGUUUACAAGAAAUGGUGACAAAGUAUCAGAAAAGAAAGAACAAGGCUGGAGACGACUCGGACUUGGACUCGGAAGUAGAGGACCGAGUGGAUGGGGUGAAGUCCUGGCUGUCCAAAAACAAGGGCUCCAAUAAGACUUUGUCAGAAGACGGGAGUCUGAAGGGUCCCAGACAUGCUGCUAAUGCAGACCCCAAAGAAGUGAAAGAAAGCAGGGAGGGAAAAGAGGGAAAAGAGACAAAGGAAGUGAAUAAAGAAGGAAAGGACGUAGAGCAGAGUAGGCCAGUGUCUGUGAUGAGUUCCCUUAGCUACAGGAAACGGUCCAAUCUCAAAGACUCGAUCGGCGGUACCGGAGACGAGACCUCGCUCUUCAGCGCUCUCAAAGAACAGCCCGACGCUCCCGACCGCUCCUCUCUGCGUAAGGCCAAGUCCAAAUCCUCCGACAACCACGACGACGCGCUGUCCGUCAGCGCCUGGAGGAUGGCCGGAGACGAUCCGGACGACCGGGGGUCGGUCAUCUCUCAAGCGUACUCGGAGGCCGCGAGCAGGGCCAGGAAAGGCCUGGAGCGUCGCUGGGCCAACCGCAGCCCGGAAUUCGAUAAGGAGUCCACCGUUUCCUCCGUGGCGCCGAGCCGAGCCUCCGCCCGCCGCGGCCUGGAUCAGGAUGACGACGCCAAGUCAACCCUCAGUAGUUUCAGCCUGCGUCGCAGCGCCUCUUGGCUGGACGACAGACGCAGCGAAUCGUACGGACCCUCUGUCAGCCCCGGCCUGAGUCGGCGUUCCGGGGGCCGCAGCCCCGGCAGCGUGAGCCAAGCCGAAUCCCACUUGUCCCUGGCGCGCAGCAGUCGACUGAGCGAAUUCGGCCUGCGCGUGGGCGAUGAUGACGACGACGAUGCGCUCAGCGUGGCUUUCAGCGAAGGUGGCGUCUCCGCCUACAGCGCACGUUCAUACGGCCGAAGUCUCUCCACCCCUGCCCGGCCUCGCUCCGGCGAAGACGACCCUCCGGACACCAUGGACGUCAAACCCGUCAGCCACCGCAACUACCUGGACCCCGACCUAGAGAAGGCCAUCAACGAGGUCCUCAGCUUCAAACCCAUCAAGUUUAAACGUCGGAGUCUGGAGGACUCGGAGGAAGAGGAGGAUGGAGGAGCAGGUGGAGAGGGAAAAGAGGAGGAGGAGGAGGAGAGGAGGAGUGUCCGCAGUGUGAAGAGUGCCCUCCAUGAUGAUGAUGAUGACGAGAAUGAUGGCUUGGGUCGCAGUGUGUCCAGUAUGAGGCAUUCUGCGUCGGGUUCGACCGCGGACUACGGCCGCACCUCCAGCAGCCUGUCAUCACGCUCGAGCCGCAAAGCCAAGAAGAAGAAAACCCGUGACUCUGACUCGGACAGCUCAUCGUCCGACGACCGCAAGAGGAGCUCCAAAAAGAAAGGGAAGAAGUCGUCGAAGAAGGGUUCCAAGAAAAAAGAGAGCGAAUCCGAGUCGUCCGAAUCCGAGUCCUCAGAGUCGUCCUCCAGCUCAGAUUCCACCAUCUCCUACCGGAGCUCCAGUAGCAUCAAGAAGGCACCAGGCAGGCAGGCCUCUGGGUCGGAUAGAGAGAGAGGAGCUGACGCCCCCACCGAGGAGAGACCCCUCAGCAAGAAGGACAAGAAGAAAAAGAAGAAGAAGAUGGACAAUUUGGUGAUGAAGUAUCUCUACAGGCCUGAGAGUGACUAG